GUAAAAAGCACUCCCUUUCAACUCAGCGCCAGAUUUUGGCGGUAAUUUUGUGGAGCACCCUAACUAAAGAUCAUGGGGCCUGUUUGACUCCCACAGUGAAGUUGAGACAUGUUUCACUUCGGAGUGGUGAGCUCAGACUUGAUUUUCUGAGUCCUGAUUCAAGGCUGUAUUUAACGAAGUGACAACCAAGUCUAAGUGUCAGUGUCGUGGAUGAAAGUUAGGUGUCAGUAUUUUUUGAGGAUACUUAGAGGCUUACCCUCCCACGACGCAGUGUUUGCCUUUGUUUGACUUUGCAACGCUAUCGGUACAUGUAGCUCGACGUCAAUCGAAACACUUCCCUUGCCCUCUCCCCUCUCACAAAACAAACUGAACUCCGAGCAGACCCCACACGAAACAAGUCUCCAGCACCACCAAUCACCAUGAUCAACAGAGCAACCACCACCGCCUCUCGUCCGUCCCUUUUGGUGGACUACUCCAAGAACUCGAGCCCUCGCAUCGCGAGCCGUGGUUUGUCUCUACGCGGUGCUGCUCAGUCACGCCGCCGGCAACCAUUGCCAUUGACUCGGUUGGAUCUUAGUCUAAGCUCCAGUGAACGAUCUGCUUCCAGCCGAGAAGAGGACCCAGAAGAAAUCCCUCAGUGGAUCUUUGUUCAGGACAAGUCUCCCAGUUCCAGCUGUCAUGACGCCAGCAACAGCAAGAACACACCAGUGACUUUCCAGCUUCGCAAGAAUCUGGUGGACAGGGACAACUUUCUGAGUUUCCUCAAGGGACACUUUUCCGAAUCUGAUUUGGACCUGGAGCCGCACGACCUGACUGUGCCACCACAGAAGAAAGCCCAACAAGACAAGGCUGAAGAAGAACCAUUGACAAGUAACACAUGCCACACCAUUGGAUCCGUAUCUGUUGCUAGCAGGAGAGAAACAAGGAAUCGCAGAGACAAUCUAAAGAAAACAUUCCGAAAGGCUCAGAGCAUGCGACAGCUCAAUCUAGAUACUUCGCCCCUAUCACUAAAAGAUUCCAACCAUGAACAACCCCGGGCCAGGGCGCUGCCAUUGAGAAACAAGACCUUUCACGGAACAACCACUACCACAAGCAUGGUACCAGUACAGGCGACAGUCACCAGCGCUCCCCUCAAAACGAAAAGAGCAAACAGCAGGGGAAGGCGUGCUGUUCGGAGAGUGCGCACGGCGGAUUCGCCUGGAGCCCUCAGCCGUCGAAUGGCCUUGGAUAUGACAAGGGGCAAAGAACCACAGGUGCAACUCCUCAAUUCUACUUACUUGCCACAGACGCUACAAGCCAGCAGCCACAACCCAGGGCGUCGCACAAUGAUGGCAAGACAAGGAUCUUUCAUCACAGGAUCCAGAAUCAGAACACUCAGGGCUUAACAACCAGAAACAGACGUAGAUCAAUAACUGAAAUAUAAACUUGUACAGAUUAAAUC